CAGAAGAGAAUACACAUUGAUCUGGAUCAUCACAGUGAACUUUACCGAUAUGACUAAGAUAUUCGUACUUCUGUUCAUCCUUCUGAUCGGAGUUGUUCUCGCCAAACCCCGUGGCGGUGGAGGCGGUGGUGGUGGUGGACACGGUGGAGGAUUCGGUGGCGGUUUUGGAGGAGGACGUGGCGGAGGGUUCGGUGGAGGACGUGGCGGUGGAUUCGGAGGAGGACGAGGUGGAGGAUUUGGGUAUGGUGGGCGUGGAGGAUACGGCUACGGUUUCGGUGGCCGACCUGGUAUCUAUGGAGGAGGUUUCAUUCCUCCUUAUUUUUACCGCAGGCAAGGAUGGGGCGGCUACGGAUUUUGAUAUGUUAUCUAUUAUGACACAGGUGAAAUGUUUUAUUAUGUGAUAUUCUUUUUACAAUUAAAUCGAAUCAUUUCACUGCGGGUUAGAGUCUUAUGAUAAUCAAUGAUUUUCGUAGCUAUUAUCUAUUAUAGCGUUAUGCCAUUUCUUCGAAAUAAUUGAUUUGAAUUCAUUUGUGCUCGUUUUUUUACUAUUAAAUAUUUAUAAAAUUAGAAUAAGUUUGAACUAAUGUCACAAUUUAAUUGUGAUCAUCCAAAGUUUGUUCCUCAAUUUCGGACGUCAGAUGAAAAUAUUUUCGCCACCCAAACAACGCAAAACGUCAUAUGAGCCACUUUGUCACAAUUUAUUGUAAUAUAUUGUAAAGAUAAAUGAGAUCCGUUGAAA